UGAAAUUUAUCCUCUCGAGAAAUCCAUUCCAAAACCCCAGGCUGUUUUCUUCUUCGAUCGCAUCGAUCCAGAAGCCCUAUAUCAAAUCCCUCUCUCCUUCACUUGAAUUCGAUCCCAUCCUCAGCUCCAUCGACGGCGGUGAUGGCGGCAGAAUCAAUUUCGAAUUCCUCCGCCGCGUCCCAGUUCGUGUACCCUGCCCCGAUCUACUUCCCCGUACCGUUCCAUCUCCAGAACGCCUACGGGACGGUCCAGCAGCCCACCGAUCAGCAGUACGCCCCGGCCAUCAACCUCCCGGCGGUGCCGGCGCCGGCCGUUGUUCCGGUUUACCCCGCCGUGUAUACGUUUCCCCAAUACCAGCAGGCACAGCAAUUGUUCCAAAAGGAUGCUCAAAAAAUUACACCAGAAGCUCUGGCAAGUGUAAAAGCAGCUAUUGCAAGCAGUGAAAUUGAGCAUAAAGCAGAAACAAAAAAGAAAGCAAUACCUCGUAAAGCAGCUGGCCAGACCUGGGAGGAUCCAACAUUAGCAGAUUGGCCUGAAAAUGAUUUUCGUUUAUUUUGUGGAGAUCUGGGCAAUGAAGUCAAUGAUGAUGUUCUUACAAAAGCAUUUGCAAGAUUUCAGUCAUUCAACAUGGCAAGAGUGGUGAGGGACAAGAGGACUGGCAAAACUAAAGGUUACGGAUUUGUGAGUUUUUCAAAUGCUUCGGACCUUACAGCAGCAUUGAAAGAAAUGAACGGGAAAUAUGUUGGAAAUCGUCCAAUCAAGUUGCGGAAGAGCACUUGGAAGGACAGGAUAGAUUAUGAGGCUAUGGAAAAGCAGAAGACUCAGGCUCCGAAGAAACCUAAACUGCCAAAGAAAGGCAUCCUCCACAAAUGAUGCUCCGCUCUGGUUCCAUGAGUCACUGAACACUGGUAAUAACUUGGUUAACCAUAAAACUAAAUGCCGUUGUGUCUCGUGUUGAAAGGUUUUUGUUUUGCUCGUGUUAGACUAGCACCUCGCUGAAAAUUAUAAUGCAAGUUGUUUUUAUUUUUAUCUAUUUAUAUAUUUAUUUUUGUCUUGUCCUUGUGUCAGCUGAAAGUUUCAAAAGCAUCUCUGACAGGAUUAAACUUAUCAACUUUUGAAUUAGCUUCAGGUUAGAUGUUCUUGGUUGUAAAGUGAAUUAAUUUCAUCCAUUAAUGUACAUUUGUUGGGAGUUCUUCAGAUUUGAAUGGAAACUCAUGUUUAAGUUGGGUACCUCUUCAGUUUUAUUUGAAUGUCAGGUGAUUGGUAUUUCAUUA